UCUCCCCAAAAUUCCCAUUUUCUUGCUCACAGCCAUGGCCUUCCUCACCUACAUCCUCCUCGCCGGCCUCGCUUUGGGCACCCAAAACAGAUUUUCCCCGGACAGCCUGGGGCUGGUGGCGAGCUCGGCGCUGGCCUGGCUGCUGCUGGAGGUGCUGAGCGUUCUCCUGAGCCUUUACUUGGUCACCGUCAGCACCGACCUCACCCCCAUCGACCUCCUGGCCUUUGCUGGCUACAAAUACGUGGGGAUGAUCGUGGGGCUCGUGGCCGGGCUGCUCCUGGGCAGGGUUGGGUACUACGUGGCCUUGACCUGGUGCUGUUUGAGCAUUUUUGUCUUCAUGAUCCGGACUCUGCGGCUGAAGCUGCUGUCGGAGGCGGCGGCCGAGGGGGUUUUGGUGCGCGGAGCCAAGAAUCAGCUGCGCAUGUACCUGACUAUGGCCAUCGCCGCCGCGCAGCCGCUCUUCAUGUACUGGCUCACCUUCCACCUGCUCAGGUGAGCCUGGAAAUCCGGGAAUUACCUGGAAAAUCCGGGAAUUGCCAGGGAAAUCCGGGAAUUGCCGGGAAAUCCGGGAAUCGCCAGGAAAAAUCCCGGAAUUUCAGCGUUUUCCCCCCAAAAAACCCCAACCCCCUGCGCUCUUCGGGUUUCAAUAAACGGAAUUUCGAAGGA